GGUGGUCGGGCAAGUGGCAACCAGUAUUACUCAUCAUACGGAGGGCCUCACUAUUCGCCGACGCCACCUCAGUACUCACACCGACCUCAUCCCCACUCCCUGCCCGCCCACGUGCACGGUGGUAUGUCCCAGUCUUCCUCCAACUGCGCCAACCAUGUGCCGCAUCAGGCGCCCGGGUCUAGUCCAGUGUUGAGCAGAGAUGAAAGAGCCAUGAGAAUGAGGAACCGGGUGCGCAAAAAACUGCAGCAGCGCCGCGUCACUUCCAAUGAAGGCUUCUACCCCGGCACUCGACCACAAACUGGGAGAAGAAGCAGGGUGAAUGAGGAAAUGGGUUUUCAUGGUGAGAUGGGACUGUCGCCUGGCCAGGGCACUGUGUUAGACAAUGGGCCGUUAGAUAUUGAGGAGGAGAAUUCCAUGCUGAUUCAGUGUCUGUCUGCCAUGCCUGCUCCUAAGGUCACAGGGGUGGAGGCUCGCACCAGCCUCAUCCAGUUAUCUCCACCUGAUUGCGAUGGUGCCGAGGUUGACCUUGACCUCUACGAUGUCAAGUAUGAACUGCUGCUGUCGGACAAGGGCCGGGAUGCCAAAUAUAAAACUGUCUUUUGUGGGGAUGCAACAGAAAUUACGUUGAAAGAUCUGAAACCGGCCACAGAGUACCACCUGAAAGUGUGUGCAAUGCUGACAGAGGAACUCAAAGGCGCCCUGGCUGAACCUGUGAGCUUCCGAACCUUGACCUGUGAACCGGACACUCCACAACCACCAAAACUUAUAUCCAAGACCAAAACUUCAUUACUGCUAAAGUGGAAUGCUGCAUGUGAGAACGGGUCCAAAAUUACGGCAUACUCUCUGGAAUGUGACCAAGGUGAUGGAAGCUUCUCUGAGGUGUAUUCAGGCGCCCAGAGACAGUUCAAAGUUCCUCAGCUGAAUGCUUCCACAAGAUACUCAUUCCGUCUGGCAGCCAUUAAUAACAGUGGGAAAAGUGCUUACAGUGAGGAGGUUUCCUUCUUCACGAGUGGGUCGGCUCCCUCGCAGCCGGACCCACCCAUGCUGUCUGAGCAGUUUGUCUACGCCCUGACCAUCUCCUGGAUCCGCCGGCCAAAUGAUGAUGAGUUUCUGCUUCAGAUGGAGGAUGAGACUACGGGCCAUGGUUUCAUUACUGUGUAUAACGGGCAAAGCCUUUCAACUGUGAUCCGAAACCUGAAACGCAACAUGGAGUACAAGUUUAGGCUUGGAGCUAAGAACGAGGAAGGACAGAGCAAGUGGAGUGAAGCAGUCAGCUAUAGAACACAGCCAGACAAGCCACACCCACCCAGCAAGCCUCAGAUCAAGGGCAAGAUGGGGCCGUAUUCAUUCCGUGUUACCUGGGACCCUCCUCAAGACACAGGUGGCUCCGAUAUAACGAAGUAUAUUCUGGAAUUAGAUAACAGCCAAGGUUAUGACACAGUUUACGAGGGCUGUGAGCGGGAGCACCAGUUUGACCACCUGUUGCCAGGAACUUUGUACCACGUCCGGGUUGCCUGUUGUAGCGCUGGAGGCAGAAGUGAAUUCUCCCCUGCAUGUGUAGCGACAACGUUGCCGAUCAUACCUGGCCAGUGUCAGACGCCAAAACUCCAGGGAAAACCUAAAGCCACAUCACUUCAUCUCCGAUGGUGUAACCCUGACUACGAUGGGGGUUCCCAGGUGACCCACUUUUCUGCUCAGAUGAUUUCCCCUGAUAACUCCAGCCGGGAGGUCUACAAAGGUCACGACCGCGACUGUAUUGUGGCCGGCCUUUUGCCGGGGAGGCCAUAUUUGUUUCAAGUUCGAGCUUUCAACAGAGUUGGGGCUGGUCCUUGGUCAGAGCCCCUAGAAGUGGUUAGCGGAGCUGGGGUCCCGGACGAGCCCAGGAUGCCACACGUGACAAGUAGGUCGGCACAUUCUGCACUAGUCACCUGGGAAGAACCAUUGAACAACGGGGCCAGCAUCAGUGAGUAUCGCCUGGAGUGGCAGCAGCAAUCAGACACGUCAGAUUUUUCUCAGUUAUAUUUGGGACCAAAUUUAUGUUACGAAGUCAAGGGACUUGCAGCAGCAACUGUGUAUGCAUUUAGGAUUCAGGCAAUCAACAGUGCCGGUCCUGGCCAGUUUUCUCCCGCAGCCACGUUGGUGACCCCCGCCUCGACCCCCUCACCCGUGGCUACAGUGAAAGUUAAGGCCGAUGCCACAUCUGCAGUGGUGUCCUGGACCGAGCCAAACUGCAACGGCAGCGAGAUCACCUCCUACAACAUAAUAGUCAAUGACAAGCCCCCGGUCACGCUGGGUCCAAUUACAGAGUAUUCUAUGGAGGAUCUUCACCCAGAGACUGUAUACAAGAUUCGAAUUCAAGCUGUAAACAGUGUUGGUGUAGGGGCAUACAGUUCAGCAGUGAAGUUUUCCACCAAAGCUCAGCCUCCUGUACCACCUCACCUGGAGUGUGUCAUGCUAGCUUCCUGCUCCAUCAAGCUCAAGUGGGGAGACGGCAGGAACUCGGAUCAUCUCACGUACACUCUGGAAAUGGGGAAGGACCAGGACAGCUUCCAGCCGGUCUACACGGGACCAGCUCAGACCCACAAGGUGACCCGGCUGACCGAACUGACCAGCUACGAGUUCCGGAUUGUUGCCACCAACGAUGCAGGCAGUGGACCCUACUCGGACACUUACACCUUCACCACCACCAAGGCUCCUCCACCUCCGCUCAAAGCACCCAGAGUCACAAACUUGACCCUGCAUGGAUGUCACCUUGACUGGCAGGCAGCCAAGCCAAUGAGUGGUGACCCGGUGACCUACAUUCUACAGCUUCUCUGUGUCAAUGUUCGGGAUGCAGAGUACAAACAGAUUUACAAAGGACCACACACAGAAUAUCAGUUGGACUCCCUACAGCCUGGCCAGGAGUACCAGGUCAGGGUUGCCGCUGUACGUCUUUCUUCAGAUGGCUCCGGAGACAUCACCGGAGCCUUCAGCCCCGGUGUCAUCUUCUCACCACGGGCAGCCGAGUCCCAGAGAGCUGCCUCAAACCCUGUGCUGGGCCAAGUUGAGAGACGAGAGGAGAGGAGACCCUGGUCAGACCAACAAUACGCUGCUAUGAUUCUUUGCAUCUUUGUUUUGUUAGCCAUCGUUUCUGCCUUCGUGUGUCAGCAGUUGAUCAGUUAUAUGUCCGGCUCCGAGACCACGGCGCCAUCCACUUCCACAUCAACCACACUUGGGACAGGGGACUCCACCGAAGCAUAA